CACUAGUUGACCAGAUCAAUAUGCACCACUUGCACAAAGGUACAAUGGAGAACGUUCAGUCGCAGCCAGACCAAGGAGGAGAAAGUCCAGGGGAGCAAAAGAUUUCCGAAGAGUUCCACACAAGUCGGCAUUCAAGCUCUAAGAAAUUUCAACAAGCGGUAGCUGGAUCUUGGAUUCCACAGCACAGGGUGACCGUUCUGGUUCUGGGCCUGCUCAAUGGUGUACUGCUAAUAGCUGCUGUUGUUCUUGCCAUUUGCUGUGCCAGCGCCAACGAAGAUCACCUUCUAACGCCUCAUUCGGCUGUCUCGUCCCUCAUCAUCGAGCGUAAUUAUCUACGCAACCACAGCGACAUCCUCAAAACGAAGCAGGAUGCGGACGCAGGAUUAGUCAGGGAACAGACGAGCCAAAUUCAACUGAGGCUGCAGCUGAAAAAUAAGCUGAGACUGGGUGACACCCUUCGAAGCCAAAUUGAAAUACUUCAAACAGAAAAGACUCAUCUUGAGUCUACAAAAGCUACGAUUGAGCAAAACUGUGAUAGAUGUCCAUCAGGAUGGACCCUUCUUAAAUCAACCUGCUAUUAUUUUUCCCUACCUGAGCCCAACGCCAAAAAGAACUGGCCAGACAGCCGAGACGACUGCUUUCUUCGAGGCGGAGACCUACUAGUGAUCGAGAACUUGCAGGAACAGGUGCUUAUAAGUGAAAACAUUCCAAAAGCGACGUCCAGUUCAGGUUUGUGGUGGCAGAAUGGUUUCUGGAUGGGCCUACGUAACAAUGAUUCACGGGGAACAUGGAUGUGGAUUAACAACACAACUGCGAUCCAAACAGGGUACUGGAGGAAUAACCAACCCAGCACCACUGGACUUCAGAGUGGAGACUGUGCAGCGUUUUUUUACUUUAGUGACACUAUAAAAACAUGGUACAAUGGAAAUUGCCAGGAUCACUUGUACAACUGGAUAUGCGAGAUGGUGGCGAGGCCCGCUGAGUAAAGUGAAGUGAACUUGCAAAUCAUGCUCGUGCAAAAUGUCCCAAUAAACAUGAGCACGUUAAAGGCCCAAAUACGA